CGCUCACAUACACACAACUGAACCGCAACUGAAAGCAGGCACCCGCCGCGCGCUUUAGCCACCCGUCGUAUCGUUUCCUUAACAAAGUGAAGUUCACCGGUACUGCCAAAGUGAAGCGCUCAAAGCGAAAUUGACGCCAUCGACGAUGACCACGUGGCGGCGGGCGUGGCGAAGGCGCGGCGCGGGGCGCCGGUGACGGCGGCGCGCGGUGCAUGUCUUCCCUGUGCUUCGUGUGCCAGCUGCCCAUCCUCAGCCACCAGACAUGGGGCACCUGGCCACACCAGCCGGACAGCGACACCGAGCCGCAAGACGACGAGCCGCCGGAAGAGGACGAAGAGGAAGAGGACGAGGAAGACCGCGUGGCGCUGCUCGCCUCAACGGGAGACAACACUUCCUCAAAGUCGGACUCGGCGGCAUGCCUCACAUCGGUCUCCUCUUCCAUCGCAUCGGCGAUCACCAGGAACUGCCGCUCACCCCAGGAGGCAAGGACACCCGGCGAUGGUGCGCCCGCCGACAGGGGCUGCCGGAGCCGGCGUCCCAGCCAACCCGUGGUGACUCCUCAGAGACGACGGAGCAGCGCCGCCACAGCCACGGGAGGUCCUCUGCCGGACUGGGAAGGCGGGGGCGACACCUUCCACGAGGACUGCCUUGUGUGCGAGACGUGUGGCCUGCGCCUCGCGGGCUCCAGUUGGCAGGCAGCGCACCGCUUUCAAAACAAGAUAUACUGCGGCCUGCACUACGCCGACGUGACGGGCCUGUCCAGCGGCGAGGAGUUCCUGGCCAAGCUGCGCGAAUACAAGCGUCAGUCGCUGGGCUGCGCCGAGGCGAGACGAAAGAGCUCCACCACGCUCACCUUUCCCGUGCCUGUGCAGGCGUGCCCGGGCACUCCGUGCGAACAGUACCCGCACUGCAUCAAGGCCACGCCGGGCUACUGGAUCGAGUGUGCGGGACCCAAGAAGGAGUCAGACGCCCUGCUGGAUCCCGCGGAAGGCACGGACAGCUGCGGCCUGCCUCCCAAUGUGUCCGGGGGCCUGGAGCUGGUGUCACGGGACGAGGACACCUACGAGAGGCACUUCUACGGCAAGGAGCACUGGAACUACUUCACCAACGACGAGGCACUGGGGCCCGUCAUCAUGAGCCUCAGGCAGGAGAACAUCAACAACAGGGACCAGUUCAGGGUGAUGCUUCGCACGGUGACGUACAACCUGCACGGCCUCAUCCCGGCGUCGUGCGUGUGUGCCAACCGUUAUGACCGCGAAGCCAUCGUGCGCUGCUUGGGCGACGAGGCGGGACUGAAGCCGUGCCUCACGCUCGGGCAGCUGCCCUCCACGCCCGACGAGCUGCUCAAGCUAGACCAGGUGUUUGUGAAGUCGGAGCUAAAAGUGGGCGUCGUCUACGUCAAAGAGGGCCAAAACACCGAGGAACAGAUCUUGAACAACCGAACCCACAGCGCCUUAUUUGAGGAGUUUCUUUGUCUUCUGGGAGACCGCGUACGCCUUAAAGGUUUCGACAAGUACAAAGGAGGCCUGGACACUGUCCAUGACCUGACCGGCACUGAGUCCGUGUACACUGCCUGGAAGAACAUCGAGAUCAUGUUCCACGUCUCUACCAUGCUUCCGCACGAAGAGCACGACCCGCAGAAGCUUCAAAAGAAGCGGCACAUCGGCAACGACAUCGUCUGCGUGGUGUUCGUGGAGGCGGACAACACGCUCUUUUCACCGGCAUGCAUCAAGUCGCACUUCCUACACGUCUUCAUAGUCGUGCGAGCAUCGCCAAACAAACCGCCCGGAGCGCACACCGUCUACGAAGUGUCCGUCGUGUCCAGAGAUGAAGUGGGCGCCUUCAAGCCGUACUUGUGGCAUCGAUCAGUCUUUCCCAAAGGAGCACAAUUUCGAGAGUGGCUGCUCACCAAGAUCGUUAAUGGGGAACGAACGAGCUAUUCGGCGCCCAAGUUUGCGAGAAUGCAGGACCGGACACGCAGCCAGAUGUUGGAGGACAUGGUUACCAACCUGCAGAACCAUGCCGAGACGGGCCAGAUCCCGAAGCCCUACCGGCGGGGAUCAUGGCGCCCUAUCGGCCACAUGCGGCCCUCGUCUCCGCUGCUGGACAGUGUGCGCGACCCGUUCGAAGGAUACGACCAGCUCGCUAGGGACUUCGCCAAGAUGUUCCAGGGAACGCGCCAGCUUUGCGACGUCGUCUUCAACGUAGGACAGGGUAAAGACAAGACAAAGGUGUACGCCGUCAGAGCCAUCUUGGGAGUUCGCAGUCGCGUGUUUCUGGAGAUGCUGUACGGAUUCAGUACGGGCUUUGGCCUUGGCGUGACCGGAAUGGCUGACACCCCUUCCAAGGUGGUCAGUCCGUCGGGCCCCAAGUCAAGCAACUAUCUUCAGGUGCCGGACAUCCACGAGAGCCCGCGCAACAAGAGCGCUCCGUCCAGCCCAAUGGUGAUUCGCGCCUUCUCCCGCCUUGGAAACUGGACGGGCUGGAGUUCCCGCAGCAGCAGUAAGGACUCUUUAAUACCUGAUGAUAUCGGGGGCCUCAAGCGCUGGCAGAGUGAGUGCAAUUGCAAAGAAAAGGAGAAAGAGAAAAAUACUGCCAUGGCGGGGACCACAGUAACGCUGAGCGUUUGCGCGGACGCUCACAAGGUGGACAGGACGAAGCUGUGUCAACAUGAGUUCAACAUCAUCGAAUUCGACAGCGACACGUUCCAGCUUCUGGUCGACUACCUGCACUGCGGCUCGUGUCCACUGACGUGCGAGUCCAUUCCGGGCUUGAUCUGCGCCGCCGAACACUACGACCUGCCGGAGUUGAUGCAGGCCUGCUUCCACCACGCCAAGCAGCACCUGCGGCUCGCCGUCGUCUGCGGCAUGCUGAACGUACUGGAGAACUACUACUGGCGCUACACGUCGGCCACGGAACUGGUCAACAUGAUACUGCAGUUUGUGGACACGCGAGCCGCGUCGCUGUUCGCGGGCCAGGACUUCCUCGACCUGUCCGAGUCCAUGUUCCAGACCAUUAUCGGCCGGGAGCUGAAUAUACCCGAAGUGACCAAGUUCGAAGUCAUGCUUCGCUGGGCCACGCACCACGUUAAGACCAUCAAUCGACCAGACCCUAGAGAACUUCAAUGUACCAUGAACCGGCUGACUCGAGACCUCAAGCUUUACCUCAUACCGCCACAAGAGUUGAUAAAAGUAAGUAUUAAAUGUGGUCCUCCCAACAAAGACAAUCAGCCAUGAGGAGAUUCUGGACACCCUGCUCUACCAGGCCGACACUGGCAUGUUUCGCGUACGCCGGUCCUACAUCGAGGCUGUCGACGGCCGCAGAGACCGGUACCUGCUCAGCCAGAAGCUACCCGGGUACCGGAGAUAACGCCGCCGAAAUAAACCGCCCAUCGAAGGUUACCGGCCCUGCUUGCGGACACUACUGCCGGUACCCCGUCCGCUCAGGAGACGACGCAAGAGCGAUUCUUUCGUCGCGAAAAGUGUGCCCGUUUCUCGUGCGGUGUCCGAAUGUUCUCGUCCGGCGAGAUUGUCUCCGCGAAGAAAGCGAGAUUUUCUGAAACAAAUCACGAUACUUACGACCCUUGUGGGAAUGAAAAAAAAAUUGGAAAUUUGUCUUGUUUUUUUUUUUUCAGUUUCUUUCUGAGGCUCUAAAGGAGAACAGUGUCGCUUAUUCACUCAAUUCGCUCCUGAGCAUUAUAUAUUUGAAGCCGAGUACUUUUUUUCUUUUAACCCAGUCACAAUACAGGCCACUAGAAACCUUUUCUCGCCAACUUACACUUAUUCACCUUUUUAUUUGCAAACGGCAUGCACGGCACAGGGAUCAGCAUAGGCAAUUUUCAAAAUGAGCAUAAUCAACAAAAUGGCCUGCAAAGGAAACGGCUGCACAAGUAUUUGCCUCGCAUGCUUGUGUUGAGUUCGAUAAAGCUGGAAAAAAUGCAGCACCUUUCUGUAUAAAAAAAAAGAAUCAAAAUUUUAUAUUUUAUACAUAGAAAGAGGCCAUUCCGUAUACUUCGGUCCGUUCUAACUUGUUUCAGCAAGUAGUUAGGCGGUAUCUUAUUUUUUUUGUUCAUCACCGGUCUAGUGUGGCUAAUAAGUGUUAAGCAGUUUGGGGUACGCGCGACACAUCUGGAGUUCCGUAAACCUGUUACGACCGACCUAUCUAUAACAACGCCUGGGCGCAGGCUAAGACAUUUUAGUUAAGCGGUUUUCCUUAUGACAGCGUUACUAAAGCCGUCUCAGAGAACGGACGCAUUUCUCGUUGACCAUGGUUCGGCAGAGACACGUUUCGAGUUUAUUAAUGGCAGCCUUUUUAAAACGCAAUUUCAUCCUUGUUUCACUGAAGAGAGUCUUUGUCGGACAAAGUCACAUUUUAUUAUUGUAUUGCGACUACUGCUCUCUUGUUUACGCUCAAGUCUGAAGCCUGCGGUGACUGUAAAAACGAGUGCGCACUGCAGUUAAGGUUUGUAAACUGGCAUCUCUGUCAUCUUUUUUGACCUGAACGCGUUGCACUGAGGCAUUUAUGAGUGAAAUGAAGCUGCAAAUCAGCAAAAGCGCAGAUAGCAGUUGGUACAACAACAACUGCUUGAGGAGUGCCCACGCUCAUUUUCUGGUUGUGCUGAUAGCAGCAUGUAAAAACGUCAUGUAAAUAGACCGAUGUUAAGACGUGUUGUUAAGAAGGACACUGACUGUGUAAUAGAAGUUGUUAAUAGAUGUAUCGUUGUACUACAUGCCUGCCUGAAGAGUGUUUGCAGAAAAUGUAUUGUUGGGAACACAUAGCGUAGCAGAAUACCGAAGUGCACUCUUAAGAGACAGGACAAAAAAGUGUUCCCAAUC